AUGGCAGACAAUAAUCCUUUAAAUAUAAGUUCACCUAAUUUUGAUGUUGAUGCUUAUAUGUCUGAAUUAAGCAAAAGAAAAACAUUGGAUGAAUUAAUUUCACUUGAUGAACAAAUGAUAUUUUCUGUUCGUAAACUUGAUGGUGAAAUGCAACAACUUGUUUAUGAAAAUUAUAAUAAAUUUUUAACAGCUGUUGGAACAGUUAAAGAAAUGAAAAAAGAAUUUUCAACGAUAGAUGAUCAAAUGUGUAGUUUAUCUAAUUCAAUAAAAAAUAUUUCAACUUCAACAAAACAUUUGUGUAAUGUUUUUGGUAGGCAUAGAGAAAUUGUAAAAAAAUUGACUGAUCAAAAUAAGACGAUAAAAUCUUUACAAUGUAUCUUUACAUUACCAGAUGUUUUAAGAAAAUUAAUUGAUAAUAAAGAUUAUAAAAAUGCUGUUUUAAAAUAUUUAACUGUAAAAGAAAAAUUGGAUAAUUUUAAAGAUCAUCAAAGUAUAAAAAAAAUAUAUGAUGAAAGUAUGGAGAGAAUUAAUGAAUUAAUAGAAUUACUCCAAUUAAAAUUAUUAAAAAGAAUUACAAGUGAAGAAGAGUUUACAGAAAUUGUUCAGUUACUGGAACGAUUAGGUGUUAAUACAGAGUUACUUAGUAAUGAUGUAUUAAAAGUUUAUAAAGAAGGUUUGAAUAAUGAAUUAAAUAACCUCGAAACACAAGUUAAUUCAAAUUCCGUUUAUUUUGAUGUUCUUGAAUUUGUUGACAAUGGUGUAUGUUCUUUUCUAAAUAAUUUAUCAACAAUAAAAAUAUUAUUUUCAAAACAUUUUAAAAUUAAUGAAGGUAAUGUUUUAGAAUUUGCAGAUGAAGCAAUGACAAAAAUUUCUGAAAUAAUUUUAAAGAAAUUUUUAUCUGAAAAAGAAACUAGUGAUUCUGUUAUUCUUGUAAGAGCUAUGGAUAGAGUUUAUAGAAAAGUUUGUCACUUAACUAAUGAACCAACAAAUUUUAAUUAUGUUCCAUUAAUUAAUGGUGUUAUAGAAGAAGUUUUAAAAUAUCAAAUAGUAUUAAAUUAUCAAAAUCUUGUUGAUUCAAUGUCUAAAUCAUUACUUGAAAUGAGAAAUGAUUUAUCAUAUCUAAAUAAUUUUUCUGAUUUUUCUAAUAUUUUAACACAUUGGGAAGAAAACUUUUUAAUGAUUAUAAAGAAUACUCUUGCAAACUUGUCACUUUUUACUUCAUCUGAUGUAACAUUUUCUAACAUCAAAGAUCAUGGAAGUUCUUUUAAAUUUAUUCAAACAUUUCCAAUACAAAUUCGGGAUGGAAUACUUCUUCCAUUUAUUAGUGAAUUAUGUUCAAUUGUAGACAAUUAUAUAAGUGGAAAAGAUCCAAAAACAUCAAAUGUUUCUCCAAUAUUUUAUAUAUUAUUAGCCAAAUUUCUUCAAAAUUUUAGAGAAAAACAUUUAAAUUAUCUAUUAAAUUUAUCUUAUGAUACAUUUAGAUUUGAAGAAUGUCAAAAAUGUUCUUUGGUAGAAGUUAGUAAUAUUGAAAAUAUGAUUGCAUUAAAGGCAGAAAGUAUUCUUCAUAAAUUUGUUUCAUAUCAUGGUUUUAAUUUAUCAUUAUUAUUUGUUAAAAGUAUUGAAUCUAAAGAUUGGACUAGUUGUCCUGAAUCAAGAGGAGAAUCAAGAAGUGUUGUCAAAAGAGUAAUGGAACAAUUUUUGGAUUUAAAUAAUCAAGUAAAAUAUUUUGUAGAGGAUAAUGAUGAUAAAGUAAUUAGUGAUAAUUUAAAGAAUAUAUCAAUAAGUAAAAAACAUUUAGAUGGAAAGUAUGAUACUACUUCUUCAUAUACUAAUAGUGUAGUUGACAAACUUUUUGCUGAAAAAAUUGAUUUUUUAGUACCUUUAGAAUUUAAAAAAUCUUCAAUUAUGACUGGAGUUGUUAAUAUAUUUUUAAAAUCUACAAUGGAAGCUGUUAGAUUAGAAACAUUUUCUAAAAAUGGUUAUUCACAAAUGCAAGUAGAUUGUCAAAAUUUAAAAAGUUUUUUUAUUAAAUUUGUCAACAAUCCAACUACUUUAGAUUCUUAUUUUGAUGAAAUUUUAUCUGCUGUUAUAUCAAGACUUAUGUUAACACCUUCUAAAACAACAAGUACUAAUCCAUUUGAUUAA